GUCAGACCGACCGGAAGAGGCGGGGCCGGGCAAAGAUGGCGGCGCUGUGGCGGGCGCUGCGGGCGCUCCGGGCAUUGCCCGGCGGGGCGCGGGGCCGCUCGGCGGGGACUCCCGGGGCCGUGGCGCUGCCGAGGCCGCUCGGAGCCGAYGAGCACGAGGAGGAGCCGAUGUUGGUGGCGCAGAGGAAGAAUCCCGACUACCAUGGCUUCUCGGCCGACCCCGAGGCCGACGCGCUGAACAUGCGCGCCGUUUUCCUGGCCGGGAUCUCCGUCGCCAUC